AGGCCAUGAUUUUCUGGAGCAGCUGUGGUCCGGUUAGUCGCGGUGAUCAGACCGUCGAGCCUGCCGUGCAGCAGAAGGUCAUGCAGCCGUCUGUGAAGGCAACCACGCCAAGGCAUGCAGGUUAGCAUUGGAAAACAGGGCAACCGACACCGUCUUUUUGAGAUUGGAAGGAUGGAACUUACUCCUCACUGUUGCACAAAGCAGAGACGGAAGAACAUAGUAAUAUACGACGUUUGAGGUAUCUACCAACACCAUGUCUUAUCCGUACAUCCACUCGAGCUAUCGAAGCCGAGGUUACAACUAUAUAAGCCGAAAGCCACAACCCAACCAUAAACUUCCAUGCCACUCCCUGCUCCAUCCAUUCAUCAGCGCGCAACCCCUCCAUUCCUAUAAGCAACCAAGGCCACCCUUUAUGGAAAGGGAAGUGUUGCACCUUGCCAAUGAGGACAGUGCCAUAGAGAUGGGGGAAAGAGACAAGCAGACAAGCCCAAGAAGACUGCUGUUGCUUGAUAACUCGCCGACGCCCCUCUCGACUCCCAGGCAAAAGAUAGUCUGCCUAAUAACCACUAUCCCGAACAGGAACACCAUACAAGAAGCCCACACCUCAGACGCCCAUACAAAAUUAAAGCCAAAUGAAAGCAAGACGAAAGCUCGGGAAUUAGCUCCCAUCCCCUUCUUCGCUUGCGCCUCCUUUCAGGGAUAAAUAGAGUAACCCAUCGAACGGAACCGAAAAGUACUGAAGCGAGGCUAAGCAGAGGAACAAGGGCUGUGUAGGAAGUAAAAAGAACGCCGAGAAUUCUCAAGGAAAAGUUCUCCAGUCCGUCCGGGGUGUUCAGGUUGAUGGAACGAUACGGGGUGAAGAGGGGAAGCAUUGCCUGCCUCGAUUCUCGAACCGC